UAUCAUAAAUCAUAAAAAUUGCUUCACUGAUCUCAAAGAUAUCGCAAUGUUUCCAUUUUAGUCUUACAUUUUGAAGGGUUAUCUUAUGCCCUAAAUUUGUUUUUCCACAGAUAAAAAAAGUGUGUCCUUUAAUUUUUCAUGUAAUAUAACAUAUCCAUAUUUCAGAAAAAUAUGGAUAUAUAGAGAGUAACACUUCCGCAGGUUUACUUGUCAGAGAUUGUGAUCUCUAGUUGUAUCCCUACUCUUUGACAGAGCAUGAUUAGUGUUGUUAUAUCUGAACUUUAAUAUACGGCGGUACUUCAAUAUACAAAUAUAAAGUGGAAAAGUAACACAGUUUUUGAUUCUAACAUUAUAGAGUAUUGUAAGGUAGUAUUUAAAUAUGAAUUCAUCAUGGAAGAAUACUCGUGAUGCUCUCAAAAACUUCGCAAGUGUAUUAAUAUGUAACAAAUGUAGCCCAAAGAGAUGUAGCAUUACUACUAAUAAUGCAUUAAGAAGAUGAGAUGAAUGCAAUAAAGUAAUGUAACAUAGUACAGAGGAAAGAAAUAAUGACAUUCAUUUAUUUUGACCUACAGAUAAGUACAUGAACAUGUUGAAAUAUAUUUUGCCUCAUUUUUUUAUUGGAUGUUUAUAGCUAAUUGUAGGAGAAAGAAUUUCCACAAUUAAUGACAUACAAAGUAUUAAUGUGGUCAAUAAAAUGAAUAACAUAUAAUUAGUCACAAUUGUUGAAUAGACCAUUCCCUGGAAAUAUAUCAUAUUAUUGUUUAAAAAAUAUAGUGGAUUUCAGUUAUUUCGAACAAAUUAGGACUAGCAUAUUUUGUCCUAUUUAAAUCGACCAUUUAGCUUAUGUAUAGCAUCACAUGUAAAUACACUAGUGGAAAUAAACCAAUAAAUGCAAUGAGGUAUACCAAUUGUGGUCAUUUUUUUUGCAGUCACUGUAUUUUAAAUCAUUCAGAAUGUGUAAAAUGCAAUACACCUGUGCAACCACUUGAAAUAUCUAAUGAUCACUUAGUUAAGCAUCUUGUUUCUUCCUGUGAUAUUAUUGCAGAACUAAUACAGGAAAAAAAUUUGUGGAACACAACAACUACAAAUUUAAAUAACCUAACUCAAAUAUCUACUCAAGUGUCUACUACAACAGAAGCCAGAACCAAGGUUACCAAUGUGAAUUAUCGUAUACCAAAGAAAAACAUUGACAAACCAAAUGAUAAAGGAGAAACAAAACUACAUAGUGCUUGUUUAAAGAAUCAGGAAGAGCAUGUAAAAGGACUUUUGCGUCUUGGUGCAAAUCCAAACACAAAAGAUAAUGCUGGUUGGACUCCUUUACAAGAAGUUGUAUGUUAUGGAUAUAUUAAUAUAUGUAAGUUACUUCUAGAAUGUGGGGCAUUGCCUAAUACACCUGGUUUAGAAAAUAGAAGAGCAUUACAUGAAGCUGCUUUAAAUAACAGGUUGCAAGAAGCAGAGAUGCUUUUAAAAUAUGGUGCUAGAAAAGAUGUAUUUGAUGACUCUGGAAAGAAGCCCAUAGAUUAUUGUAAGGCACAUAGCGAAAUGUGGAAUAUUUUAAGUGAUAAAAAUGAGUAUCACAAUACAAGUGAAGAAGCUGUACUUCUUAACAGUACUUUACAUCAAUCAUUUUCUAUGACACAGUCAUUUGACACAAUUGUUAUAUUUGCAUCAAAUUUAAGGACACAUAACAGAAAAUAUCUGGAACAAAUGAUUUCAAAACAUAAAAUUAAAACUGUAUCUGUUUUUCGAUCAUGUGUAACUCACAUCAUAGUAGAAGCAAGUCAAAAUGUUACUCGAUUGACAUAUGAUGUUAUGAUGGCACUUUUAUGUGGUUGUUGGAUACUUAAUACUGCAUGGAUUCAGUACGAUAUGGACAUAGUUGAUAUAUUAAAAGGAGAUUUGGAAGUAUUGGAACUAUUUGAAAUAUUUAAAACAACUGGUUCAUCAAAAGAAGGAAUUCCAAAAAAGGCUAGAGAAAAUGCACAAAAUCAGAAUCCAAGACUUUUUAAUAAAUGUCAUUUCUAUUUUGCCAUGGAACCAAAGAAUAAUUAUCAUAUAAAUGAUAUGGUACUAACAAAAGAUGCUUUAUCAAAACUUGUACAAACAGGUGGUGGGACAGUCUUGAAAAGAGAACCAAAGCCUGAAGAUAUAAAAAAUAAGGAACAAUUUAUCAAUUUUCAUAUUGCAAAUGAACCUACUCAUCCUUUAUAUAAGUGUACUCAUUAUAUUAUAUAUGUGUCAGAAAGAGAUGGGCCACACAUAAAAUAUAAUAUGCCUCAUAUAAAAACACUACCAAUUGCCUGGUUAAUUGAAUGUAUAGAACAAUUUACACUGGUUGAUCCAUCAAAAUUAGGUUUACUUAGAUAAUAACGCAACUUAUUUUUUAUAAUACUAACUAUAUUAUAUAACAGAAUAAAUGUUAUUAACAAAUUUAA